AUGGCCAGUGGCGAUCCGGAUGUUCAUGACCUGGUCGGGCAACUGCGCAUCUUCCAGAAGGCGAGUGUGUACAGACGCAAUGUGUGGCACUACUACUGCGACGCCUUCGGUGAUGGCAUUCGCGAUCCGGCGCGCCACGAGGCUUCCUUCAUCCACUCCUUCUUUGAGCAGCAGGGCCGUGGCGAGCUGGAAGAGGGCCUCAGCUCUUGGGUGGACUCGGAGGAGGUCCGAAAAUGCAAAGACAGCCCGGUGCUGCCGGAGGUAAGCAGCGAAGAUGUGGCAAUUGCAAAAGCCCGGAUGCUUUUGGCUACAGCUUGCCCAGUGGAUGGGCAGGCUUUACUCGAGAGCUUCCCUUGUCAGUGGCGACCGCUCUACGUGUGCACGCAGAAACUCAGUGUUCCAACAAGUUUUGACUUCCGCUUCCUCGUGGCGGAGCUUCUGGAGUGCCCUAGAGAAGACCUGGAGCAGGUCCACGAGGUGGUGCGGUCGGAGGACUUCCAGCCUUGCCCCCCGCUCCAACUGGGCAUGACAUUGGCAGGGCUGCACGUUGCCGGGAAGGCGGCAAACAAGAACCACUGCCGCCACCGCUGGAGAAACAACGGUGCCCACGCGAGGUUGCAGGAGCUCUACAGGCGCUUUGUUGUGGAGGAAGUGCUACCCGGCCUAGCGACAGCUGCAGGCGAACCUGUCGAGGGCUUCGCAGCGGCGGUCCAGACUGAGCCGGUGCUGCGCGUGGUGCUCCCGUCGCAGCAUGCAGCCACGAAGCGACACCGAGAUGCAGACUACGGGCACAUUCCUGAGGAACUCAACUUCUGGUUGCCGCUGACCAGUGUGAGUGGAUGCAGAAGCCUACUCGUGGAAAGUUUCCCCGGACGUGCGGAUUUUCAUGCCAUCGAAGGUGGAGAGGGCGAUAUGUUCCGUUGGUGGGGAAAUCUGUGUGAGCACUACACGGAGGCCAACACCAGCACAACCACUCGUGUGAGCCUGGACUUCCGCGUGGUUGCCGGCUCCUUCUGGGCUGCGGCGGCCAAAGCCGGGACGCCGCAGCAGGCAGAGAAGCAAAGGCGCAGAAACCAUGGUGGAUCCAUGACGCUGGGGAGCUACUACACUUGGAUGCAAGCUGUGCCGGCGGGGCAAUAG